AUGAAACACUUUAUCUUGAUUCGCUCUUCACUUCACGUAAGCUUUCAACUUUACUAUGGUGCGACAGGAAAGCCUGAAAAGCCGUACGGCUCUGAUCAACAACAUCUCCGCGCACAAUUUCACGUUGUCUUCCCGAUUUAUCAUUUCACUCAAAAAGCCUGGGCAAAAGUGAUGAAACGUGCACUCGUCGAGAUGGAAAAGAAAUUUUGGACUAAUGAUGACGAAGAAGAAGACGACGACUCGGUAUCGAGCUCUUCAUCGAUCUCGAUUAAAGUUGGAAACGUCGUUAUCGACACUUUGUCAAAUGAAAAACAUCCUAAAGCUAAACAAGCCUCUUCAAAUCUUCCACAAAUCGACAAUGAAGCCCGGCUCGCUCGUUUGGAGGAAGAGCUUGAUAAAGUUGCCAAUGAGGUCCUCCACAUCUUGCAGCUUCUCGGAUACGAAACCAGUGAGAGAAAGCUUCGU